AUGGUUACACCCACCGCCGAUGCUGCGUCCAGGCGAAAGAUCUAUGGUGUAACAUCUAUAGAUAAGUAUGAGUAUCUUCUCAUUGUCGUCCAAACCGCCAAUUCACUAAUAUUCCACGAACAGCUCCUUCAAUCUACGUCGUCCUCAUCUUCGAAGCCUGAAGCCACCAUGACGGAGAGCAAGCAGCGGCCUGAGGCUGUCACAAAUGGCCACAAGACUGCCAACAGGAUGCUUGCUCCUUCUAUAGCAGAUGGUCCCAAUGCAUGGUCCACUCCCGGAUCAGCAGCCUUCGACUUCCGCAGUGAUACCGUCACAUCUCCCACCGCCUCCAUGCUCCUCGCCACUCAAAAAUGCACCCUACAAGACGACGUCUUCCAAGAAGACCCGACUACCAAUUCUUUAGAAGCCUAUGUAGCAGACAUGACAGGCAAAGAGGCAGGCCUAUUCGUCAUAAGUGGCACCAUGGGGAACCAAUUGAGUGUAAGAACGGCGUUGGGAGGGCCGCCACAUAGUGUGCUGGCGGAUGCGAGGAGUCAUGUCUAUGGAUGGGAGGCGGGAGGCAUAGCAUCGUUAUCCGGUGCUCUUGCCAUGCCGAUCACGCCCGUGAAUGAGCAUCACCUGACCCUACCCGAUAUAAAGAAACACGCCGUUACGUCAACCGACACCCAUUUCUGCCCCACGCGCCUCAUCUCCCUCGAAAAUACCCUCGCUGGCACCAUCCUCCCCCUCAAAGACUGCCAAGAAAUAUCCCAAUGGGCGCACGCGCAAAACCCGCCUAUACACAUGCAUCUAGAUGGGGCCAGAUUAUGGGAAGCUGUAGCAGCCGGAGCGGGUGGGUUAAAGGAGUAUUGUGCGUGCUUUAACAGCGUGACGAUGUGCUUUAGCAAAGGCUUGGGCGCCCCGAUUGGGUCAAUAAUCAUCGCCAGCAGGCCAUUUGUGGAAAGGGCACGGCAUAUCCGCAAGGGUCUAGGAGGCGGACUGAGGCAAGCCGGCGUCGUAACAGCCUCUGCGCGCAUCGGCGUCGACGACACUUUCCUCGGCAACAAAUUGACCGCUACGCAUCAACGCGCGCGGGAAAUCGCGGAUGUGUGGCAGAAGAAAGGCGGGAAGCUGACGCAAGCGACGGAAACGAACAUGGUCUGGCUGGAUCUCGACGCUGCGGGUGUGAGUAGGGAGGAGUUUGUCGAGGCGGGGGUCAAGGAGGGCGUGAGGUUUUUGGGCGGUAGGGUCGUGGUGCACUAUCAGGUGAGCGAGGAAGCGGUGGGGCGGUUGGGGAGGGUGAUGGAUGCCGUGCUCUCUGCGCAUUCUCAGGAGCCCGAGACCAAAAAUGGCGUCAGGGAGGAAGCGAGAGAGGUGAUGGCGCCGGAGAUGGAUACCAAGCGGAGGCAGAAUCGAAAGAACGUCUUCCGGUUUGUUGCUGCCAUUAAGCGUAUUUUGAGAGGCUGGACUGCCGAUGUUGUAUCAUGUCCCCACGGGAAGCUAGACAUGCUGGUCAAUAACGCCGCGCAGACUCUUACCGAUCCGAUUUCGGCUAUGCAGACCAUACAGAACAAGAUGCUUGGUGGCCUCAUUGAGGCCAGUGGAGCGCAAGGUCCUGGGACCGAAGUCGUAUACAGCAGCUACACAUCGCAAAAGACUGAGAAUUGGUUCAUCGACAACAUACCAAUGUAG